AUGUGGUCUCGCUCAUGCAAGGUCCCGCGAAGCUGUUUGCUCCCCUUUCUAGGAGUCUUUCUCUUCGUCAUUCAGCUUGGCCUUUCUCUGGGAGACCUGCCUUCGGUCAGGCUGAUGCAGGACACUGUUUGCAAGAGCCAUUACGGAAUCACGAAUGAUGAGUUACUCCCGGAGGAAGAGUGUCGGGGCGAGGAGGUACAGCAGGAGCUCAACACCAUUGUGAUGGGGAUUCUCAUCUCGGUGACUGUGUCCUGUGAGUCGUUCAAAUUGAACUUUGAGCAGGAUUAUAACAGAGGAAUAGGCGCUCUUGUGGCUUUUCCUCUUGGAAUCCUCGCAGAUCGAGUCGGCCGUGUCCCCAUCCUCAGCUUAAGCAUUCUCAGCAUGCUACUCUCUCAAGCAUACGGCAUGGUCAUAUGCUGGCAAUGGAAGAAGAUACCAGUUGAAGCACUCUGGGGUCUUGGUGUUCCAUUGCUCCUGGGUGGUGGACGAAGCGUUGCGGAAGCCAAGGUGUUUGCCAUCAUCGCAGACGUGGUCCCCGACAAGAAACGGGCCGUAUGGUUUCAGUGGAUAGCCGCGGCUGUACUUUCGGGGCAACUCCUUGGGCCUCUAUUGGCGGGUGUUCUCGUUCAACCCUCAAUAUGGCUACCGCUCUGGAUAUCACUCGGCUUGAUCACCCUCGGAGGCGCCAUUCUCGCUGUCUUUACGCCAGAGACGCUGAGGAGGGGACAGACUCCGGACAUCUUCAACUUGGACUCGAACAACCCUGCUUCACGCAAUGCCUUCAACUCAAGGUUGGCAAAAGAGAAUUGUUCUGCUUGGGCAACGCUCAAAUUCAUCUUCAAGAGGCCGAUGGUUUGGCUCUUGCCCGGCGCUGUUUUGACAAUUCCCCUCGCGACUAUACAAUCCGAUAUUUCUAUCCGUCUGAUGCCUAUCCAGUUCGACUGGCGCCUGGACCAGUCUAUACUCCUCAUCUCUCUACGGAGUCUGGCCACGCUCUUCACGCUCUGUGUGUUACUACCAGCCGCCUCUUAUCUCUGGACCAAGCUGUCGACAAUAACAUUCCCUCACCAGCGAGAUCGCAUCUUCGCUCGCGCAAGUUCACUCCUCUUCCUCGCUGGGAGUACAUGCAUGAUGAUGGUGUCUGAUGAAACCUUGGUCAUGGCAGGUCUUACCGUCUCAGCGCUGGGUUCGGGCCUGCCGACGCUGUGCCGCGCGAUGCUGGUCGGUGCGACAGGAGAGGAGCGGGCCGGGACCAUGUUUGGCAUGCUGGCGGUCUGGGAGGUGUUGGGGUUCCUGGGAUGUGAGAUGGGCAUGGGAGCGCUGUUUGGAGUUGGGUUGAAGACGUGGAUUGGCAUGCCGUUUUGCCUAGGGAUGCUGGUCGCUUUCGGGAUGGCUACGGCGACGUGGAUAGCCCCACAGAGGCUGCCAAUGGCCAGGAAUACGGGACGAGACGUGAAUAGUUUGUAG